GCGCUGAUGAUGGCUUGACAGUUCGUCUCUUCGCAAAAAAGUUUACAUUUCCCGUGCAGAGGGAAGAUUUUCUCUGGUAUUUAGCGCAUUUGGAGGGAUUUUCCGAUUAAAAUACAAUUGCUAAUUGGUAGAGGACUGUCCAGAGAUUGUGAAUGCAUAGGUGUAUGGUGUGUUUAGUGUGAGGAAAGAGGGUAAUUUGUGCAUUAUCUGAUCGUCACAAAAGGAGAACCAAUGGCAGCCGGAACGACUCUGCAGAAGGCUAUUGAUCUGGUGACCAAAGCCACGGAGGAGGACAAGAAGAAGAACUACGAGGAGGCCUUGAGACUCUAUGAGCACGGUGUUGAGUACUUCCUGCACGCGAUAAAAUAUGAAGCCCAGGGAGACAAGGCGAAGGAGUCAAUUCGUGCAAAGUGCAUUCAGUAUUUGGAUCGAGCUGAGAAGCUGAAGGCGUACUUGAAGAAGGACAGCAAGAAGAAGCCAGUCAAGGAUGGUGAGAGCUCCAAGGAUGAUAAGAAGAGUGGCGACAGCGAUUCGGACUCCGAUGAUCCGGAAAAGAAGAAACUUCAGGCGAAACUGGAAGGCGCCAUCGUGAUUGAGAAGCCGCACGUGAAGUGGUCAGAUGUGGCUGGAUUGGAUGGCGCUAAGGAGGCACUGAAGGAAGCCGUGAUUCUCCCGAUCAAAUUUCCACAUCUCUUCACCGGAAAGAGAAUUCCAUGGAAGGGAAUUCUGCUCUUUGGCCCGCCCGGGACGGGAAAGUCGUACUUGGCGAAGGCAGUGGCCACGGAGGCGAACAACUCGACAUUCUUCUCCGUGUCGAGUUCGGAUCUGGUGUCAAAGUGGCUGGGUGAGUCUGAGAAGCUGGUGAAGAAUCUGUUUGAGUUGGCGCGCCAGCACAAGCCCAGCAUCAUCUUCAUCGACGAGGUGGACUCGCUGUGCUCCUCGCGGUCGGACAACGAGAGUGAGAGUGCGCGACGCAUCAAGACGGAGUUUCUGGUGCAGAUGCAGGGCGUGGGCAAUGACAAUGAUGGCAUCCUCGUGCUGGGCGCCACGAAUAUUCCGUGGGUGCUGGAUUCCGCCAUUCGGCGGCGCUUCGAGAAGAGAAUCUUCAUUCCGCUGCCCGAGGAAGUGGCGCGUCUGGUCAUGUUCAAGAUCCAUCUGGGCAACACAUCUCACACGCUCACGGAGAGCAACCUCAAGGAGUUGGCGAAGAAGACGGAAGGAUACUCCGGAGCGGAUAUUUCCAUCAUUGUGCGAGACGCCUUAAUGCAGCCCGUGCGGAAAGUCCAGACGGCCACGCACUUCAAGCACAUCAGUGGACCUUCGCCGACGGACAAGAAGACCAUUGUGGACGAUCUGCUGACGCCCUGCUCGCCGGGCGACGCGGGCGCCAAGGAGAUGACUUGGGUCGACGUUCCGGGCGAUAAACUCUACGAACCUCCAGUCACGAUGGGUGACAUGCUGAAGUCCUUAUCGAUGACAAAACCAACAGUAAAUGAGGAGGAUAUGAAGAAACUCGAUAAGUUCACCGAUGAUUUCGGUCAGGAGGGGUAAAAAGAGAUAAAAAAAAAUUUAUGAGAACUCAAGAUGAUAAUAAUUGGAGCAUUUUUUCCACUAAAAAAAAAAGAAAUU